AUGAAGCAGAGCGAGGAAAAUCCGGGAGACCCACAUGGUGACUGCAGUGGAAGUCCUCUGGUCCCAGGGGUCCAUUGUCCAUCGAUUCCAUCGGUGAGUGUCAGCGCCAGGACGUUGGGUGGUCGAGAGGUAAGGUUCGACAUCAGCUCAGACGAGCCAUUGAUCAACGUAAAGAAGAGGAUCGCCGAGGUGAUUUGCUCACCGCCAUUCACAGUACAGUUGGUACACGAGGGUGCGACUCUGAAUGAUGCGGAAAUGAUCAAGCCUCUCAAGGAAUUCCUCUCAAGCGAAGUUCUUGACUUGGUCAUCGUCCGAAUUCCAGGUAAGGCAGCUGACUAUCGCCAGCUGCUUACCGACUUUGUCGUGGCAGCAAACAAGGACCGUGUUGAAGAGGCCCGCCAGCUGCUCGAUCAGGGUGCCGGUUUCGAUGCUGACGGGAACUUGCUCUUAGACUCGGGGAGCAAUGUGCUUCAUCUGGCAGUGAGGAUGAGGCUCAGCGACCUGGCGUUGCACUUGAUCAGCCGGGGUGUUGACUUGCAAAGUACAAAUGAGAUGGGCCGUACGCCGCUCAUGCAGGCCUGCAUCAAAGACUCGCCGGCGAUCAUCGCAACUUUGUUAGCGGCCAAGGCCGACGUAAACAUCAAAGAUGUGACAGGACGAUCGGCAGUGUACUAUGCAGCCAUGAAGGGCAACACGAGAGUUGUGGAGCAGCUGCGUGAGGCUGGAGUGGAACCUGGAGAACUCCAGGAGCUCUCGCACCUCUUGGGCACCUUGGCGGCCGUCCCUGCACCCAGACGAAGAUGUAUGUUGUCGUGA